AACAGCCACAUUCAAUCAAAUUGACAGAAAAAAGAAAAACAAUCCUCUUAUCUCUAUAUCUCUGUCUUUUUGAAUUUGGGAAUUUAGGGUUUCUGCCAAUUACCCAAAUGCAACGCAAUUGUUGCCAUGUAUCUUUAGCAUUCUUGCUUAAAUUCUUCAAUUUCCUUCAAGCAUUUAUAGGAUUUUCUAUAAUACUAUACUCAACAUGGAUGCUUAAUCAAUGGAACCAUCGUGUUCCUUUGCCUCCAUCUCCAAUUCUAGCUCCUUCUCCUGAUUCUUAUUCACAAUCGCACUCCCUUACGGUUCUUAAUGUUGUUGCUGACGUCGCUUUCCGGUUCGAUGACGGUCUCGGUCUUGAUUUAAAUUCUUUCAAGCUUCCAGCUCCAUGGUUCAUCUAUUCUUUUAUGGGAGUGGGCAUCAUAUUGUGUUGCAUUACUCUCAUCGGUUGCAUUGCAGCUGAAGCUAUUAAUGGCUGUUGCCUGUGCUUUUACUCCAUACUCAAAACUGUUCUCAUUCUGCUAGAAGCAUCUUUGGUGGCAUUUAUUGCAAUUGAUCGUCGAUGGGAGAAGGAUCUUCCGUUUGACCCAACUGGAGAACUCCAAAGCCUUCGGUCUUUUGUUGAAGAAAAUGUUGAUAUAUGCGAAUGGAUUGGCAUUACAGUGAUUGUAAUUCAGGCGCUAUCUCUAUUGCUUGCAAUAAUUUUGCGAGCUCUUAUUUCUACUGGUAGAUCAGACUCAGAAUUUGAGGAUGAUUACGAGAGUGGUAGACGCAGAACUUGGGAGCCACUCCUAAAUCAAUCAGGUCAAACUUCAGGGUCAGGAGUUCACUCAGACAUUUGGAGCUCACGGAUGAGGGAGAAGUAUGGACUGAACAGCAGUGAUAAAACUAAUACACUGAAUCAAAAUGCAUCAAGAGCAUGAAAUAUAAGAAAUGAAGAUCUGAGAAGUUCUGUCCUCCAAGGAGAAGAAAGGAGUCUUACACUGUUACCAACGUACAUAAUGUUGCUUUGUCCCAUUAACUGUUCCAUUUCUCAAGGAAGUUGUGGUGUAUAUAGGUCUUUGAAAGUUUGAAAUUGAUGUGUACUGGUUGGGAGCAUUCUCUGUGAAGGCAGAAGCGUUGUACGUCUGAUAUUGUGUAUUGUUGUCGUCAUUAACAGUGGUCGAUGUUGAUACAUUAAAGACAUUAAUUUUCCUCAUUUCUUGCAAGAAAAAACUUCUUGGGUGGAAAGAGCUACUUGUUGAGACUCUUGGCUGGAAAUUGUUGCAUGGUAAUGUGAUGAUCAGAAGGACUUGUUAAUCACCUGAGACCUGAUUCUAGUGCUUGUCCUGAAAACAUGAGUUUUAUCUGAGUGUUUUAAACAGAUUAAUGGCUUGUAGAUGGAUCUAAGGGAUUCUUGUAAUCUCUCUCUCUUCAAUUUCCUCUUAUUGGGAUUUAUUUCCA